GCAGAGAGCCGCACUGCAUCACAUCCGGGGAGGAAGUGAGAGAGAGAGAGAGAGAGAGCCAUUCUUCUCUUCUCCACCACCUACUCUGUUCUCUCUCUCUCCUCCCUUCUCUCUAGGAUCGCCGCCCUCCACCGGAGCACGCACAUCCAUCCGACCCUUUUUUGCUGCCACAAAUAAGAGCCUAGGAGGAGGAGGAGGAACAAGAGUAGAGAGAGAGAGAGGGACAGGAGAAGCAUUUGUUCAUCCGAGAGAGAGAGAGAGAGAGAGAGGGGGGGGGGGGGUUUCUUGGCUUCCUCUGCCAUGUCCAUGGAUGAAGGGUAUGGCCCUACCUGGGACAGCGACGACGAGUACGACAACUUCAUACGCAAGAUGAACCCGCCAAGGAUCGAGAUUGAUAAUGAUUCAUGCAGCGACGCCACGAUUGUCAGGGUUGACAGUGCAAAUGAGUAUGGAAUACUCCUUGAAGUAAUCCAAGUUCUGAUUGAUCUGAAUCUUGUGAUAAGCAAGGCUUAUAUAACCUCAGAUGGUGGAUGGUUCAUGGACGUCUUCAACAUAACUGAUAAAGAAGGGCAGAAGCUUAAAGACAAGGCUACCAUCGCACGAAUUGAAGACUACAUUUGUAAGUCAUUGGGUGCAGAUUCAAGAUACAUACCUUCUCGCAGGAGAUCAGUAGAUGUUGCUGCUUCAAGUGAUCACAAUGUGAUUGAGCUGACAGGGACAGACCGGCCAGGUCUCCUGUCCGAAGUGAGCGCGGUUCUCGCAAGCCUCAAGUGCAACGUUGUCAGUGCUGAGAUUUGGACCCAUAACACCAGGGCUGCUGCCGUGAUGCGAGUCACCGACGAGGACACCGGCUUGGCCGUCACGGACACUGGCAGGCUCGAGAGGAUCCGGGAUAAGCUGUCCUAUCUUCUCCGAGGAGGCAACGUCUCGCGUGGUGCGGCCAUGGCGGUGUCCACGGGGGCCUCCACCACGCACACCGAUAGGAGGCUGCACCAGAUGAUGCUUGAUGAUGGCGACCAUGAGCAGCUUCAUCGGCAUCCUCCAAAUCAAUCCCAGAGGCCCAAUGUCACGGUGAGCAAUUGGAAUGAUAAGGACUACUCAGUGGUGACCAUCCGAUGUAAGGACCGUCCGAAGCUUCUUUUCGACACGGUUUGCACUUUGACAGACUUGCAUUAUGUUGUUUUCCAUGCCAACAUUGAUGCCAAGGACAAUCAGGCUUACCAGGAAUUCUAUGUGAGACAUGUCAAUGGAUCUCCAAUGAACACCGAAGCUGACAGGUUGCGAGUAAUCCAGUGCCUUGAAGCUGCUAUCGAACGGAGAGCAUCUGAGGGUGUGAAACUUGAGCUGUGCACUAAUGACAAGGUCGGCCUCCUGUCAGAGGUUACCCGCAUCUUCCGUGAGAACAGCCUGACAGUCACAAGGGCAGAGGUGAGCACCAGAGGAAGGAUGGCUGUCAACACAUUCUAUGUUCGCGAUUCUGCGGGAGGGACAGUUGAUCAGAAGACCAUAGACUCCAUCAGGCAAGCCAUAGGCCAAAACAUUCAGGUGAAAAACCAGCCUGAGCCAUCAGAUCAGCAGAAGAAAGAGUCACCCACAUGGUUCCUCUUCGCCAAUCUGUUUCGACCGAGAUCUCUCUACAGUUUCGGGAUGUUCAUGCGCUGAUCUCAUGAACUGAUCCCGAAAACAGCACUGCAAAUUCUUAGCUGAUGAAGACGCCCUAGAAUUCGGAAUACAAGAGAGAGGUCCUUCAUUCUGUUCCAGGCUUCCAGUGGUGUGGCGCAGUAUUGGAGUAGAGUAGGGGUUGUUUGUAGAUCAUCAUCAUGUGUAAAUAUACUUGAAUUCGCCUUGUACAUAUAUUGUAGAUAAAGCAUGUAAAUAUAACCGUGGAAGAUAAGGUUUUAUAAAGAGAAAAUGUGUUAGAUUUAAAAAA